AUGAAGUACGAAGCAAAUAAAGAGUGGCGCUUAGCUUUUUUAUUUUUUUUUUCCUGUUUCUGGUUUCGAAUCCGAUUCCGAAUCUCAAAGUUUUCCAAGUCAAGUACAAAAGAGAAGAAAGUCCUAACAUUCGCGAUCCUGUUGUCGCAGGUUCGAGUGUUGGAGUUUUUGGCGAGCGAAAGGCGGCUCGCCCACCUAGUGCCAUCGAGGCGAUUAGCUGUACAGACGAACAAAAAGUGGCCGCUCAUUUUGGGCCCUGCUUUGGUUUCUGAAACGAUAAUGAAUGUUGUGGGAGAGUACUAGAAACAGUUGUGAAUGCAUCCUAAACUUGUGUUGUAGCGCUAGCGCAUUAUACUUAUUUGAUUUAUACUUUCUCUUGCACAAGGCCCAACAACACCUGUACAGCGCGUCUUCUACGAGCAAAAGUAAGUCAAGCUUUAAGCUCGUGAACAUCUUCUCUGUCUUUUGUUGGCCCCCCCACCCCCCCAACAAUUGACGGGUCCGCUCCCACGCCGCUGCCACGCCGUUGCCGCUACCAUGCUGCCGUUGUUGUCGCUGAUGCCGUUGCCAAGCUGCAGCCGACGUUGCCGCAGCAGAUUUUGACACCAAGAAGCUGCCGAUGAUGACGAAGUUGAUUUUAUGGCCAUCAUUUGCAGCUGCAUGAACAAACUGUACACCGCAUGAUGCAGUACAAAAUGUACACCGCGUGAUGCACUUCAAACAGCAGUACAGGACUCGUUACACGCUGCUACGGAGAACAAGAUCAUGGAUACUCAGAUUGACCAGAUUGGCAGCCGCAACACAGCAGCCAGCAUCCGAAGAAGAGGGUCGAAGACAAAGACUCGACAUUUUGUAGAAUAGCACAAAAGAUUAUUUAUAAAAAAAAAAUAAAAACAUACACGAUAGACAGAACUAGUUCGCGGAUAUAAUAAGAAUAAAAGAAACUCGAGUUGUUGUUGCGUAAAAUCCGUGUUGCUUCUCAAAGUUGAUAUUCCGGUCUAAUCUCGUAUCUUCGGUUGCCUCGUAUAUCAAUCGGUCGUUUUAUACCAAACAAACCCAUCGGUAUGAUCACUUUUUUAUCCCUCGGACCAGUGUUCUUGUGACUACAUUUCGGUCUGAAUCUUCUAAUCGGAAUCUUUCAAUUGCUUGUGUUGUUCUCUCGUUGUUUGUACAGUUCUUUCAUAUAAAACAAAAAACAAGACAAUCAAAAAUGAGCGCCGCCAACCCCGGGGAAGUAUAACAAAUAAAUAAAUUUUCCUAUCUCAAUUGAUUCCAUGGAUGAAUGACAUUAUGUAAAAUUUUCUUUUCUCAAAUGAUUCCAAAUAAGAAUGACAAUUUGAAAAAGCAAUUAAUGAAUGAUUUUCUAUGCAAUAUCAUGGGUGAUCUGCUGUCAUGGCACAUAGGUAUCCACUCUUUCUGUUUUUAUUCGAUGCAAUUUGAAAAACAAAAAUAUAAGGCACUCGACCUGCGUCUGUUCUAGUUUCUUGUUUUGUGUAUGUUCGUAUCGCGAUCUAAAUCCUCUCGAUCUAGAGCGCUAUCGGUUAUGCCCGUCAACGAACUUUAUUGUCGAUUCUCUUUAACGUCGUAAUCUCGGAUUUAAAUUAGAUUUAGAUAUCGACAUCGUUACAUAUAUACAUCGUGCAAAACUCUCGUCUACCAGCUAAAUAAUCGUCUCGUAACAAGUGCAAGUUUUCGCUCGGGUCGUAAAACGUUUAUCUCUCCCUAUUCGUUCCUUAAUCGUAUAGACUUAUCGCUUAUGUCGUCUUCUCGAUCGAUUAUGGGACCAUCGUAUAAAUCGUAUAAUCGUUUUCUCGAUCGUUAUGUCCUUCCUGACCUCUCUAAAGCGCUUUCUCGGUACACAUCGGUCCCUUGUCUGCACCCUAGAUCCCUUCUUCCCUGGUUUGUUUGUGUGGUGUUGUUCCGUCUUCUUCUUCUCUCUCCAUAUCUCUAACAACACGUUAAAACUAUGAGCACUUGGAUGGUGGAGCCGGCGCCCCUACCCGCCUUGUGCACUGGGAUCAUAGUUUUAAGCGAGCACCAUCGCACCACUUCCACCUAGGGCUGCUUUCCCAAGCAGCGUGGUCGUCAUGCUUUGGACGGUAGGGGCAGAAGUGUUGUCCUUUUUCCUCUCUCCAUUUCUUUGUUUCUUGAUUGCUUUUGUAACGUAAAUUCGGUCUAUGAAUAGUAACUAACAAAUAACUUAUUUGAUUUAUACUUUUCUUUUUGCAUUAAUUUUGGGUUCGAAUUCAUUUUUUUAUUUUUUUUUGUCGAAGUCGUCUGGCUUCCGAUGUGGACCUAGACGCAGUGCAACAAAUCACUUGGAGAUACAACAUAUAGCGACAACUUUUUUUGUGCCCAAGAUGAGAAAGAUGAGCAAUGCCAUGACCUUGAUAUUUUUUUUUGCUUCACGUUUAUCACUUCGUUCUAGUUCUGCUUAUCUAAAAAAUGCUAACUUCUAAAAGAUAGAGGUGCUUUUUUUUGAACUUUUUUUCGACACAAAUAAUGACCCAUCUUUUUUUUUCGUACAGAAUGCGAAUGAGAACAUAAAAGCAUCAAAACUACUGUACUACGAUACUUUGCUCGUAUGCUAAUGGUACAGAAUAAGAAUAACAAAUGCUUGGGCUUACUGCCUUGUUUCGACGCGCAGACGUGGAUGGUUUUUUGUUGUUUUGUUGCAUGAAAAUUUAAGGACGUAGCUGUGGUAGUAUUCAAACUUCAAAAAACUGAAACAUUGAUUGUGGU